UCUCUUUGUCUAUGUACUUAAUGAUAUUAUCUUAUAAACUUUUAUAUACGAAGAUAUCACUUUACAGAAUUAGUAAAAUACCUGCUAACAUUUACUGAGAGAUUUGAGGGUCCUAGUCGUUUUAUUGUGGGAACAGAUAUGUAUGUAGUACUUACGAAGCCUGAAGAUUAUAAAUCUGUACUCUCAAACACCAAUGGCAACUAUAAAAGUUCAGCGACUAUUUUAUGGCAAUCGCUUCUUGGUGAUGGAAUCAUUAGAGUUUCGGGUAUAACUCACAAGCUGCGUCGAAAAAUUAUAGAGCCCCUGUUUAACAGCAAGUUUUUAUCAAAAUAUGUGACUUAUUUCGAUAAUUGCAGUAAUCAUUGUGCGGAUCUUUUAAAGAAAGAAGUGGCUAAUGGUUACGUUGAUAUUAAACCUUAUAUAACGCGAUGUACAAUAGAUACAUUUUUAGUAACAUUUGCGGGCAUUGAAGAAACGGCACAGAAGGGUGAUUACGAUGAUGUAUUGCACUGGCAAAAGAGAUUGUUUAAACUUACAUAUGACAGGUCGAUAAGACCGUGGUUGUAUGCAGAUAAAACUUAUUCCAUAACUGGAAAUGCAAAGCAAAUGCGUUUCGGCUUGAAUAUUCUAGAAAGCUUUAUCUAUAAUAUAUCACGAAAGGUAGUGGAACGAAAAACUUUGAAUAAAGACAUUGACAUUGAACAAAGGCCAGAAUUAGUUUUUCUAGAACAGCUGUUCGAAAAUGUUGUAGAUAGGAACGACGUAACCGAUCAAGAUUUCAAAGACGAUAUUAAAAAUUUAUAUCUUGCUGCUCAAAGUACUAUGACGGAGUUGACACAUUUUGUGUUGCUGAUGUUGGCAAUGCAUCCGGAAAUACAAGACACUCUGCGAAAGGAAAUAUCUACACUUGACAAUGAGACGAUCAAUAGCUCGUGUCUUCUAAGAAUGCGAUAUCUUCACAUGGUGAUCAAAGAGACGUUAAGAUUGUUCCCUAUAGCACCUCUUAUGGUGCGCGAACUCACCGGAGACAUUAAACUCGAAUCAUGCACCUUGCCGGAUGGAUGUUACGUGAUGGUACCGAUAUAUGCUAUUCACCGUAACCCUAAGUAUUGGGACCACCCGAAUGAAUUUAUCCCCGAACGCUUUGCACCUGAGAAUUCACUAAAUCAUAAUCGUGACGCCUAUCUUCCAUUUGGUUCAGGCAUUAGAAGUUGCCCAGGACAAGCGUAUAUGUUCUUAUGCGUGGGACUGAUCGUCGUGAAUUUAAUGAGACGUUUUCGAUUUGCAACAACUGCCAACAUGAAGGACGUCGAUAUAACGCACGAUAUUCUAUUACGAUCUCCAAACAUCAAAUUAUCGCUAUCUCAUGUUUAAAUACACGUCACACACAAAAUACUCUAAAUAUAUAUCUAAAGUAUAUAUAUAUAUAAUGUUUAUUGAAAGA